CAUGGCUAAAGGCAUUUGUACCCCAUGAAAGCAGGUCUUAGGCUACUUCUUCACUCACAGAGCAGCAUCUGCUUCAGACUUGGAAGAGAAACUGCUUGAAUGCUACCACCGCCUCCUGAGUGCAGGAUUGAGGCCAAAAGUUGUGACAUGUGACCAAGGAAGCCAGAAUAUCUCUCUACUGGGGAAGCUGGUUACAACUGCGAAGCCGUAUCUCACUAUUGGUGAUGAGAAGCUGUUCUUCAUAUUUGAUCCACCCCACCUGCUGAAAUGCCUUCGCAACAUGCUGUUAAAGUAUGACUUCCAGGUUGGCAACCACAUCAUAAGGGCGCAGCAUAUCCGGGAUGCUUUUGCCAUUGACAAACAGCUUGAAAUACGGUCCAUGCCCCGGCUAACUGAUGGGCACUUCAAUAUAACGUUCAGCUCAAAAAUGAAAGUCAAACUGGCUGCACAUAUCUUCAGCAACCAUGUUGCAGCCUCAAUGUUCACCUUAUCCACUUUCCACCAGCUACCACCUGAUGCCAUCCACACAGCCAGAUUUGUUGAGCGCGUCGACCGUCUCUUCGACACUCUUAAGAGUAGCCACCUGCAUGGCAAGACAAAAUAUUCUUCGGCAAUACAACAGGGGUCUGCUCACAAGGACUUCUUGCUGGAGUGCCUGUCCGAGUUUGAGAAGAUUACAGUUCUUGGAUGCAAGAGACCACCCUCGUGUAUCCGUGGCUUCUGCUUGACCAUGACUUCCGUGCUUCAGCUCAGCGAAGACCUGCGAAACUCUGGCAUACAGUACCUCCUCACUCGAAGGCUGAACCAGGAUGCACUUGAAAACACCUUCUGCAUAAUUAGGACAAAGUGUGGAAGCAACCCUGACUCCAGCUGCAUUCAGUUCCAGGCAGCAGUAAGGCAUCUGCUACUCGGACAACUUUUUAAGACUACGCAGGGCUCAAACUGUGCUGAAGACGUGGACUCCCUCCUGGCGGCAAUGCCUAUUGGUCCUAACUACAUGAGCAGACUUGGAUGUUCUGCUGCCACGCACAUUACUGACGAUGUCAUCGUGGCACCCAGUGAGUCGCCAUCACCGCUAGGGUCCAACAGCACAACAUUCUUUGCAGGGUGGCUUGGUGCAAAAUUUCUCGCUGCUCACACUUGCCCCUCUGAGCAGAAAUGCAAACUGCUGGAAGACAAUGCCACAUUUCAGGACAGUACCCAGCUAUUACUUUAUUUGAGUGUAAAGAAUGUGGACAAUACUGACUUUGGAAAGCUGUCAGUUCCUCUUCCUGCCUUUGCGACGUUUGUGGGUGCGUGCGAGGAGGCCUUCAAAGCAAACGUCAAGACAUUCUUCACCUCCCAAGGGGUCAGGUCCAAGCUGUGUGUAGUGUUGGACACACUUGUGCCAAAGACAUUGAGUUUAUGUUCUUCAUCAGUCACGGCUGAGAAAGCGACUUCGCGAGGAACAGGAGAAAACCAGUCGUCUGACCCUUGCCCUGCUAGACAAAAUUGGUGGCAAGUUGCUGCAGACGGAGGUACUGAGCCUGCACGGUCACUCGAGAAUGUGGUACAACGUGCAUCCGUGUCUGACAAAGAGCCUCUUGACCUUCAGGAUGACAGCGACGCCCUGCCCAUUAUAACUGUUCAUCAGGGAGCUCCUUGCCCAGUCGAUGCCACUGGUGAACCUCCUAUGUUGACAGGCAGUUCAGCAUCAAUAUCUGAGACUCUGGCCCGUCCACUCUGUACGGUUCAAGCAGGGGAGGCGUGCCCAUCUCCACCCAGGCAACUACAACCGGGAGCAAUCCAAUAUGAAAUGCACUCUGUGGUUGACAACAAGGUGUUGUAGAUAUCACCAAAGAAGAUGUUGAGUCACUGUCUGUUACGCUCACGUGAUACACAUCGCGUUCAUUCUAGUCCCUUUCAACGUAGUAAACACAUCGUCAUCCCUC